GGGGGUGGGGGCCAUUUCUUAGACAGGGGGCGGGUAUGAGAGUGAACCCCUGCCCCACCCCUUAUUGCCAUCCCUAGGCAUUUAUCCUCGCUAAAGAGUGUAGUCAUCGGAUCUCUUGGACAGUUGGAGCGAAAAAAAGCCCAAUUGGAUCUCGAAUCAGAUAUCACCUUCAUUCAUCCUGCUCAGGUAUGCUCUCUCUUCGUGGAAAUGUCCAUAUCACUACUUGUGUUUUAUGGUUUUCUGCUGUGAUUUGCAUUUUGAUACUCCUCUCAGCAUAAGUGAUCGGAUAAUCAAAGAUGAUUGUCUGUGUUGCCGUCGUCGGGCACCAGAACAAUCCACUGUAUAUACAGAGCUUCACGGAAGCUGAUGAUGCCCUAAAGCUUCAUCACAUAGUCCACUGCUCUCUUGACGUUGUAGACGAAAGAGUGAAUAAUCCCAAAAAAACUAGCCCUGCAUUGAAUGAGACAUUUCUCGGUCUGCUAUACCCAACAGAGAAUUACAAAGUGUAUGGUUAUUUGACCAACACAAAGGUGAAGUUCAUAUUAGUGACAACGGAUCUCGAUGUCCGAGAUGCAGAUGUGAGAAAUCAGUUUUUCAGGAGAUUUCAUGCUGCAUAUGUGGAUGCGGUUUCAAACCCAUUUCACGUUCCUGGUAAGAAAAUAACAUCCAGAACCUUUGCUGAGAGUGUCAGUACUAUUGUCAAGUCAUUUGGUUUGACCUCUGCUUGAUUGAUCAACAGCAAAAGGGUCAUUUGUGAUCACUGUAUAUUGUAAUUUCCAUUUGAUUUUGUAUGGAUGUUCCAAUGAGGUUUGCAUCGAUCAAGUUACAUUGAAUCUUGUCCUCACUUCUAUUAUAUUUAACGUGAAACUUUAUCUUGAAUGCUACCCCUCCCCACCCACUCUUUAUUC